UGUUGACAAAGCCCUUUGCAUCGUCAUGUGUUGGCAAUGGCCUGCUACUUGCUUCGGGCUUCAUAUGGCAGACCCUUGAUUCCUGUGUUGGAAGCUGCGGCUCGACACUGUUUGUGCCUCUCACGCCAUUCCUUUGGCACUGGCACGAAGCAGCUUGUUGCAUCGCGUCCGCGGAUUUCGCAGACACCAACUGUUUCCCUGAAGAGUGACCUGGACUCACUUGCAGCGGAGCUGAACGCCACACCAGGGAUUGCUGAUGCACUCAUUCCAUGGGACAACAGCGAAAGACAGCUGCAGAGUCCUGCAAAGGGUAUGGUAGCGCAACAGCAAGAGGUCUGGCAUCAGCAGUUGUCAGAAGACAGGAUUUUAGAGUGGCAAAACAGGAUGCAGAUCCAGAAAGCUCUCUUGAGAAAGGCGCUGGCCGGAGCGAAGAAGGCACCCACGGUGGUGGACGAUCUGCCGCCAGAGACGGUGGAGGAGAUCUUCUCGGCUUUGGUGGUGGAUCCGCAACGAGAGCUCGCUCUCCGAAGAGACUAUCGACGUGUUGAGUCGUUGGCUUUGCAGCUGGAGCAUGUCCUGGCUUGCCCAACGCCACAGCUGAAGAAGCUUCUGCAGGGUCGACCAGUGCGCAUCUCCAGGGUGGAACCCAGUUCCGAAGCCAACACGGCUUUGGUCCUUUUCGAGUGCGACGACGAAGAGAAGCUAUCUCUGCAGAAGCGGCUAACUAGAGCAGCCCGCGUUGUAGGGACAGCUUUGGCACGGCGCUUGUGUUUGAAUUCGGUGCCGACUCUGGAAUUUGCUCCUGUUUCAGAGAUGGACAAGAACACGACAGCUGAAACUGGGCUGAGCUUGACAUCUAGCCCGCGGCUGCAGAAGAGGUCGAGGAGGAUACUGAUUCACAAGGCCAUGCAGUCAUGGGCGAAGACCAUGAAUUGGUGAGUGCUGAAAGCAGACAAGCUUUUGCGAGUUGAGAAA